GGUCCCCGCAGCAGCAUGAGGGGAGAGAACGUGACCGAGGUGAGCGCCUUCAUCCUGCUGGGCUUCCCCACGGGCCCCCGCCUGCAGUCCGCCCUCUUCCUGCUCUUCCUGCUCACCUACCUCUUCAUCCUGUGGGAGAACUUGGCCGUCAUCCUCACCGUGUGGGCCAGCCCCGCCCUGCACAGGCCCAUGUACUACUUCCUGGGCGCCAUGUCUUUCCUGGAGAUCUGGUACGUGAGUGACAUCAUCCCCAAGAUGCUGGACGGCUUCCUGCUUCAGCGCAGACGCAUCUCCUUCGCGGGCUGCAUGACCCAGCUCUACUUCUUCAGCUCGCUCGUGUGCACAGAGUGUGUGCUGCUGGCCUCCAUGGCCUACGACCGCUACGUGGCCAUCUGCCACCCCCUGCGCUACCAAAGCAUCAUGACCACGGGGCUGUGCGUGCAGCUGGUGGCCUUCUCUUUCUUCAGCGGCUUCUCCAUCUCCGUGAUCAAAGUCUACUUCAUCUCCAGCGCCACGUUCUGCGGCUCCAACGUGCUGAACCACUUCUUCUGUGACAUCUCCCCCAUCCUCAAGCUGGCCUGCACGGACUUCUCCACGGCCGAGCUGGUGGACUUCGUGCUGGCCUUCCUCAUCCUGGUGUCCCCUCUCAUCGCCACCAUCCUGUCGUACGGCCACAUCGCCCUGGCCGUGCUGCGCAUCCCCUCGGCCAGCGGCCGCCGCAAAGCCUUCUCCACCUGUGCCUCCCACCUCACGGUGGUCACCAUCUUCUACACGGCCAUGAUCUUCAUGUACGUGCGGCCUCAGGCCAUUGACACACGCAGCUCCAACAAGCUCAUCUCGGCGGUGUACACGGUCCUCACCCCCAUCACCAACCCCCUCAUCUACUGCCUGCGGAACAAGGAAUUCAUAGGUGCCUUGAAAAGAGCCCUGGGCUUCAGCUUGCCCUCCCCAUAGAAUAAAAUCACAUCGGCACUGACACUGACGCCCUGAAACCAGCCAAGGAGAGGAACAAAGCUGCAGCACCAGGAGACUCGCCUGGCCGUGUUCUCAUAAAAGGAGGCGGCUCCGUGGCCAGUGUCUGGGCCAAGAAAUGAAGCCCCGCCACCCCAAGAAUCUAUCCUGCCCCCAAUGCCUGCCAGUCGUUGAUGUGUAACUCUGCUUCUUAAGUUUUCCAGUUCUCAGAAAGUGAUUGACGGAAGCCAGCAAACUGUCUAGGAUUUGUCAGGACUCUGCUGGUUCUUUGGGAGGUGGGAGGGUGAGGAUGCAGGGCUGCGGUGGCUGGUGUGGUGUGGAAAUAGACCUGUCAUCUGACAACCUUGUAACUUACGUUAACAAAUAAAACCACGAAUAAAAAAGUUUGGUAGGAUUUUCCCCCUUAAGUUGUAUUCAUUUAUUGUUUGACUAAGUGUCCUCAGUGUCCGUCCAGGGGCCGCAGCACGCCACCGCACCUCUGGUGGGGUAGCGCAAAGGUUCUUUCAUGUUUGGGGUAUUUCCUCCACACACAUCAUCCAGCGACAUCACUCCUUUCGCUCCAACCAUCAAAUGGGCCGAGGAAACUCCUGAUGUCCAUCACAGCAGGCGAUGCGGGCCCUCAUGUCCCCCUUCCUGCGCUGGGAUGGCCUGGCACCUGCAAGGCCGCCAUCAGCUGAGCAUCU